UUAACCUGACAGUGGAGAAAAGUAGUGAGGAGGCGUUAGUCAAAACAAACAGGAAGAAACCAGGAAAACACUCCGACGAGACGGACACUGCAGGCCGUCAAACCGCUGAAAAAACAGUUUUAUAUAUAUCAUUUAUUUUAUUUUUCAUACGACAUUUCCUCCGUGGCGUGAGGGCGGUUUCUGGUGAACUCCAGUCCGCAUAGAGAGCGCUGUUUCGGGGCUGACGCACCAGCAGGAGGGCGGGGGCUGUCUCUAAGCUAAGCUAAGCUAGGCUAGUUAGCACGCUAGGCUAACAGCCUCAGCCCCCAGAAAAAUAACCCUUAACUUGGGAGAAACUUUAUUAAGAAUGAAUCGUUUAAUAUCGGCUUUAACGGAAUAUUAUGAUAAGAUAAAAAGAACACGUUUUUAGUUUGAAACAAAGGAAAAAAUAAGCCUGGCAGUGUUAGCAGUGCUAGUUAGCUAAUUAGCUCCUAUUAGCGUUUGUCAAAACAUCCACUGACAGCAGAGGGAGGAAUCAAAAUAACUCAUAUUUGUAUACACACACAAACUUAUUAGACAUGUAUUAUCAUGAUAAUAUGAUGUAGCAUUAAGUUAUGUGAGGCUAAAAGCUGUUAACACGCCUGUUGAUGGUGUCUUUAAUGUCUGUUUCUGGCGGAGUGUUUUUGUGUUUCUGGGGCUGAGCUGAACUUUUUAAUGUAUUCGUGCCGUCGGUAAGGUGUUGUUAGCAUGGAGGCUCUGGAGCCUGGCAGCGGCAACAGCUCUCUGCGGUUACAUAACGCCAGCAGGUUGGGGAAGAAGCUGAUGAACGUCGCCUCCUCCUCAGCCUGGCUCUGACAGCUGUAAACAGACAGACCCCCCAUCACACAGACAGUCUGAGAGAGACAGACAGAUAAACAACAACAAGAACACAGCAGCAUGCAGGAGGCCUGAGUCUGCUGCUGGGAGACAAUCUGCAAGAGAGAUACAACAUUUCACUGAAGAUGGAUUCAAACCCGCUGAUAAACGUUUGGAGGGAAGAAGCUGCAGCUAAAGCGUUGCAACAGCGAUGGACCCGUCCAUUACGCUGUGGCAGUUCCUGCUCCACCUGCUGGAGGACCAGCGGCAGCGUCACCUGAUCUCCUGGACAAGUGAGGACGGAGAGUUCAAGCUGCUGGACUCCGAGGAGGUGGCGCGACUCUGGGGUCUCCGCAAGAACAAAAAUAACAUGACUUACGACAAGCUGAGCCGAGCGCUGAGAUACUACUACGACAAGAAUAUCAUAAAGAAGGUAAGCGGUCAGAAGUUUGUCUAUAAGUUUGUGAGUCAGCCCGACCCCUCCCUGGCUGAAGGGCUUCGUAACGGAGAGGAAGGCCAGAUGAGGGACAUCUCCGACCCUAACAGCCAAUCAAUAGGCCUCGAGGGCGGGACCUCCACCUGUCCGUCAAAGAGCUUACCCCAGCGCUCGUCACCCGGCGGCUCUCAGAAAAGUUCCCGUAACGACUACAUGAAGUCCGGCCUCUACUCCACCUUCACCAUCCAAUCACUGCAGGCCUCGCACAACCCACAGCCAAUCAAAACAGAGCUGCUGAUACAACACGACGCCGCCGCCAUGUUCGAUCUAAGAGAGGUCUGUGUGAUAUCAGAGUCUCCUCCGUCAGUAGGAGGUUCGAUGGACUCGGCUCUGCAGGUGAUCGUCACUCAGCCGUCUCCGUGUGCCACUCCGGCUCUCAGCCCGCAGAUACCCACAAACGCCACCAGCCAAUCACAGAUUCCUCUGCCUCCCGCUCUAAACGACCCUCCCCAGAUUUAUCUCACCAGUGUUGGGGAUCCUUCCUCUCUCACCCCCAUUAUCCCCAUCGGAGGGUCCAGUCCUGUGCCCCCCCCUCACAUAUCCAUGGCUCCUCAGAUGCAGGAAGAGUGUCAGGGAAUCACCAAUAAUGCCAGCUACCCUCCUCACCCCCAAUCUGCUCCUCACCCGAAUCAUCAGCCUGUUUUUGUCAUCAUCAAACCCCCUCCCACACAGCAAAUUCAGCAUCAGGCGGCCAUGACGGCUUCUCCUCUCUCCGUCGCUCCUCUUCCUCCAUCUUCUGCCCGUCCUCUUCCUCUUUCACCUUCUUCUGUCCGUCCUCCUCCUCCUCCUCCCAUUGUCAUCAAGGAGGAGAACCUGCCGUCGGAAGAGGAGGAGCUGCUGAAGAUGGUGUCUCUGGAGGAGAAACAGGUGGAGGAGGUCCCUCAGCUGACCUGUCGCUCGAGGGAACUAGAGCCCCCCAUCACCAUCGUGGAGAGCCCCCCCCCCCCCUGCAUGGAGCCGGGGGUCGGAGGUCAGCAGCCUGCAGGCGAGGGCAAGGACACGCUAACAGUGAGAUGUUUCUGUCCCUCCGCCCCCCCGGUGACCCCCUUCUCAGCGAUGACUCCUCAUGUGACUUCAGACGCUGUUCCUCCAAAACCAAAGAAGCCCCGAGGCCUCGAGCUGCCCUCCUCCCCCUCCCUCCCCCCCGGCCUCUCCCUGGAUAAGGUGAACGCAGCUGUUAACAGCUUAUUGGCUCCUGGAUCUGCGACCAACACACUCACCCCGUCUGUCAUCACCUCCCACUGUCUGACUCCGGUCCUGUUGACUCCCAGUCCUCUUCCCUCCACCAUCCACUUCUGGAGCACCCUGAGCCCCAUCGCUCCUCGCUCUCCGGCCAAACUCUCCUUCCAGGUAAUACCUGCUCUUAAGACAAAUCCCUCUUCAAAAUCCUUCAUCCCCUCAAACCUUUAAAUUAUUUUUUAACUU